GUUUCUGACUCUGCAGACAAUAUGCCAUAAGGACCACAGACACCCUCUAUAAAACACAGUUUGUAUUUAUACAGAGAAUAGUGAGGGGAGAUUAGCUCUGCUAACACAGUGUAGGGGACACUCACACCACCCUGGUUUCCUUCUCAGUGGAUAGUUUCUAUCUCAUCCAUCAGAAGCUAAGAUGUCGUCUCAGGUUUCCUCUAACUCUACCAUGUCCGUGUCUGAGGACGACGCCCUUCCCUUCCUCUACCGCCUGGUCUUGCUGUCCAUCUACAGCCUGGUCCUGGUCAUCGGGACCAUCGGGUUGGGCCUGAUUAUCCACAUCCUCCAAAACAACAUGAGAUCAGUCAUCACCAUCGCUUUGCUCAACCUCACCCUGGCCCACUUAUUUUUCCUGCUCACCGUUCCCUUCAGGAUCUACUACUAUGUGGCUGGGUACUGGGGGCUGGGGAAGCCGCUGUGUAAGGUGGUCAGCAGCAUGAUCCACGUGCACAUGUACAUGGCGUUUUUUUUCUACGUGGUCAUCCUCGUCAUACGACUGCUGGGAUUCCGAAGCAAGAAGGACCGCUACGAGUUCUAUAGGAAGUUGCAUGCUUUUGUCGCCAGUGUGGCGGUGUGGGUGGUGGUCUUCGUGGUCAUUUUCCCACUCCUCUAUUUCAACUACGGCAAGGAAGACCACGAAGACAGCACCAACCACAACAGAAACAAGACGGCCUCCAAUGUCUCCCAAUGUUUCCAGUUCGGCAGCCACCUGAAAAAGCAUGAUGUCGUCAAAAUGCUGAACUACAUCAUGAGCACUGUGAUCAUCAUCGUGGCCUGUGUGCUGACAGCACUGCAGUGUCACGUCAUGAUCCUUCUGACGAGGAAGUACGGGCGAGACUGCAGGUCUCACCAGGAGUUCUGGGCUCAGCUGAAGAGCCUGUGUUUUGUUAUGGUGCUGCUUGUGUGUUUCGCCCCCUAUCACGUGUUCAGAAUUUACUACCUGGGAAACCUGCUGCAGCUGGAGGCCCCUAACGAGGUGUUCCUCAGUCUCACGGCCCUCAGCUGUUUUGACAUGUUUACCUUCCUAGGGAGGGGACACUGCUAUAUGUGUGACAGAGGGCGGACUGUGUGACCUCUUUUCACAUGACCUUAAACCAAGAACUCAGCGCCAAAUCCUCGCCGUAAGAUUGCUUCCCUUUUAAACAGUACUUUAUCGCCAUCUACUGGUUGUUCAUGUAGCUACACAACAAAGUCUACUGUAGGUCUACUGUAGUUUGACUAUACAGGACUAAAAUGUAUUUUGUAUCAUAUUGGAAUUUAAAAUAACUCGUGCCAAUGACGUUUCUCUCAAUAUGUCGAGUUCAAUCUUUGCAAAAACUUUUUGUAACGGCAAGAUCUGGCUACAGAUGAUCUAAAUAUUGUAAUAAAUAAAUAAAUGGCUAAAAUGUUA